CACGCAAAAGAGGCUUUAACCAAACCAGACACCCAACCAACCAAUCUGAACUGUGAGCCCAAGCCUGUGACCCUUGACGCGCUUUCUCCCUCUCUCCCUCUCUCCCCUCCCCGCCGGACCCUAACCCUAACCGCCGCCUCAUCCCUGGUAGAUGGCCUCCCAGCAGCAAGAAAUACACAGAGCUGGGUUCCCCGGCGAAGACGAGGACCUCGACGAGGACGACGACGACGUCCUCGACGAGGACGACGCCAACUCCGCCUCCACCUCCUCCUCCCUCCCCACCGCCACCCCUGUCGCUCCCAUCUCUUCCGUCACCGUCGCCGUCCCGUCCUCCUCCCUGGUUCUCAACGGCGCCGAUCCCCUCCCGACCUCCUCGAUUCCCUCCUCCUCCGCCUCCGCCCCCGUGGCCGUCAUCGCCACCCCUGUCCCCCUCCGCAUGGAGACCACUCCCCCGGACUCCCGCAAGCUCUUCCAGCGGCUCUGGACCGACGAGGACGAGAUCGAGCUCCUCCAGGGCUUCCUCGAGUUCACCUCCCAGCGCAGCACCGGCGGCGUCCCCGCGGGCCCCGGCCACCACGACACCACCCUCUUCUACGACCAGAUCAAGUCCAAGCUCCAGCUCGACUUCAACAAGAACCAGCUCAUCGAGAAGCUCCGUCGCCUCAAGAAGAAGUACCGCAACGUCCUCAACAAGAUCAGCUCCGGCAAGGACGUCUCCUUCAAGAGCCCCCACGAUCGGGCCACUUUCGAGAUCUCGCGUAAGAUCUGGCCCAACCUCACCGCUUCCCGUGGCCCUCACAACGAGACCUUCGACGAAGACGACGAUAAUAACGACAACAACACUAGUUUCAGCCUAAACCCUAAUUUCGCCAGCCCUAGCCCUAAUUUCUCCAGCCCAAACCCUAACCCGAACCCUAACUCUAGACCCAUUUACGAGGCAAUACUCUUGCCGACGAAUCCUCGGAAGCGGCCGAGAUCGCAAGCUCAGCCUGUGAAGGUCGAGGAGAAGGCCGGUGGUGCGGCAAGCGAUGGGCCUGCGGGGCUGAAUGGUGUGACCGUGAGCAGCGGCGUCUCGGGGAUUAUCGAGGAGACGGUUAGGAGCUGCUUGUCUCCAUUGUUUAAGGAGCUGCUGAAUGGCUCCAUGAUGGGCAGCGGGGGUGCUUUUGCUGGGAUUGCCGGAAUUCCAGCCCCAUUUAACUUAAAUAGUCCGUCGCUACUGAACUUCGGGGGGCUGCCGUUGAGGGGUUAUGGAGUCGAGGCAGGGGACGAAAGGUGGAGGAAGCAGCAGAUAUUAGAGUUGGAGGUGUAUUCGAAGAGGUUGGAGUUGGUUCAGGAACAGAUUAGGGCGAAAUUGGACGAGCUGCGGUCAGGGAGAUGAUCUCGUUUUCGGGAAUUAGACUCUUUCUAUCUGAGAGCUCUCGUGGGAGGUUGGUAAUAACUGAUCUUUGGGAUUUGCUUUUUGUUUCUCUUUUUAUCCUCCGUGUUUUAUAAAGAAUUUGUGGGUGAUCGAUCAACUGUCGAGUGGUAGUGAACUACUGCAGGUUUGGGUUUUAUCGGACCAGUUUUCGAAUAAAUGGUAUCUAUUUAUUAUCGUCUAGAUUUAGAUUAGAUUGUUCAUGUGUAAUGCUUAUCUGUAUGAGAAACCGAGAAGUGCCUGGUACAUAUAUUGAAGAUAUUAUUGAAGCAUCUUAGUUAAGCUUCUGUAUUCUCCUGUGGAUUUUCCUUGUAUUCGUUUCCUGACUUGUACUGGCUCUGGUUAAUUGUUGAUAUCCCUUUCAUAGUACUGGAUAUACGAUGAUCAUGGCCCUGCCAAAGUUAUGUGUU